UUCCGGGUGGUUGUCAGUGACGCUCUGGAGCAGUCGUCAGGGUGGACUAACAGAGUUCCCGGCUGGGUUCUGGCCGGCGGGCCAGGCUCGUGUUAGAUCAGCGCGGGAGGUGGAGGUGGGAGACUGGUGCGUUUUGUGUAUUUUUGAAAAAAAUUCUGCUGAAGAUACUAAAGCAAGGGCAGCUCUUUUACUGACAAAUCAGAAGGAAAUCAUCUUCUACCCACUUAGGAUUAAAAGACCAGCUCAUUCUUAGAGUCUUCUGAAACAAAAUUAGAAUGGAUUGGGGAGAUGAAUUUUCCCAUAAUUCUUUUGACCUACAUUGUUUGUUAAAUUCAUUUCCUGGAGACUUGGAGUUUAAGCAGAUCUUCAGUGACAUUGAUGAAAAGAUAGAACAAAAUGGGACAAGCAUAGAACACUGCAUUAAAGAAAUACAGUCUGAAGUUAACAAACAGUGUCCAGAUGUGCAGCUGCUAACAACAACUGACUGUUUUGAAUGGCUAAAUAAUUAUAACUAUAAUUCAGCUAAGUCACCAUCUACUUCCCAUGGAGAUUUGACAAAAUUUCUCAAAACACUGCAAGAUUUGUUGAAGAAUGAACAAAAUCAAGAAGAAAUGAUAUUGGAUUUACUUUGGAGCCUCUCCUGUCAGAACAGCGUUUCAUUUCCAUCAACGCUAAGUGGAACAUCUUUCCAUUUCCUCUCUAGGACCUCUCUUCAUUCUGUUGAAGAUCAUUCCUCUAUGGAUGUAAAGUCUAUAUGGGAUGAUAUAAGACUACAUCUUCGACGCUUCUUAGUGAGCAACUUACAAAAUCAUAAUGAAAUAAAAAAUUCACAGCAAAAAAUUUUGUUGAAAAAUCAGUGCAUACAACAGCUCUUGUUUCUUUAUCCAGAAUCCGAAGUUAUAAGCAAGUAUCAAAACAUACAGAAUAAACUGUUGGCUACACUUCUGCAGAAUUGCUUUCCUUCUUACAGCAGAGAAUCAAAUUUAGACAUAAUGGUCCGUGGAUACCAAAGUACAAUGCUUAAGUUAUACUCAAUGAUAAAAGAGGAUUUUAACACGCUGUGUGAAAUUUUAUCUCCAUCCUCAACAGUGAAAUUCAUUAAAGAAACUUACCUGGAUACUGUUACGGAAGAAAUGGCAAAAUUUCUUGAAAAUUUUUGUGAGCUGCAGUUCAAAGAAAGUGCUGUCCGUGUGGUUAAAACAAGCAAGAGCUCCAGCAGGCAUAGAGGAGCAGUGCAUGCUUUGGUUACUCCUGAAUGCCCAGAGAAAGGAAGAAACUUUUUCCUCUCUUUAGAUGAACUCAAAUUCUUAUCACAGCUCAUAAAGUCCUUUUUGAAGCUGGAAAAAAAUGUUCAAGAAUUGUUAGAAGAAAUUUUUUUAUUGCUUAAGGUAUCCAGGAAUACUUCAGGAAUUUUGGACACAUCCAAUAGAGUAGCUGUAAUAGAGAAACCUAGAGCAAAUGUAACCAGUAUUCCUUCAGAGCAAUUACUGCCAGUACAAGAGGCUACUUUACUAGAUUUUGGCUGGAGAAAUGCAUUUAAAGAAAUAUCUCUUCCCAUGGCACAUUGUGUAACAACAGCAAUUGAAGAUUUUUCUAUGAACAUUCUCCAACAGGAACAGAAGGAAAGGUCUUCAGCUGUGACCUAUGCUAUGAACCUUGUAAAAGUUCAACAAGUUUGGCAAGAGAGCCAUGUGGUUUCUGAGGAGGACCAACCAAAGAAAAUUGCAAAGUUUUGUUCUGACAUCAUGGAAAAACUUGACACAAUGCUUCCACUGGCUCUGGCAUGCAGAGAUGAUUCUUUUCAGGAAAUUAGAGCAAACUUUGUGGAGGCCUGUUGUAAAGUGGCAACAGCUGUCCUGGAGAGACUGCAAGAGAGAGGCAAGGAGGUUCCUUCCAAAUCACCCCUGAAAAACUUGCACACACUCCUCUCCACGGCGGUAUAUGUCUUCCAGCAUUUUAUGCAAUACGAUAAUUUGAUGAAAGAAAAUACUAAGAAACCCAUAUUUCUGGUGCCUGUCCAACGAUAUCAGGAAUUCAUCAACACGCUCCAGUUUCAGGUUACGGACUACUGCGUCAGAGUUUGUGCUACAAGCAUUUUACAGGAUGCUGAGAGCCACCACUGGAACGACUACAAAGCUUUUUAUGAGGGGGAAAGAUGCUCCUUCUCACUCCAGAUGUGGCAUUAUUUCUUCUGGGCUCUUCAUCAUGACCUCUGGACCAUUCUGCCCUCUAAGUUAGCGCAGGAGAUUCUAGCAGAAGUUCUGGAAAAAUCUUUGGGUCUACUGGCCUGCAGAUAUGCUCGGGCCCAUCCAAGUUAUAAAAGAACUCCACAGAUAAGACUUGAUGUGACAACAAUUUUAAUAUGCACUGAGAACAUGUUAUGGUCAGUUUGCACAUCUGUAAAGAAACUUUUGAAUCCCCAUGAGUAUACAGAUGAUAAAAUUUUUAAAAUUCAUACCCAUUGUAAUAAUCUGUUUACAACGUUGGUCAUUUUGACUUCACCAUUAACUGAAUUAUAUCAGACUUUUCAGCAUGGCAUGGAUGAUCCUGCUCCAGAUGCCAAACCAUUUUUCAAGCAACCAUUACAUUGGUUUUCUUGCAUAUCACAUUUCUACCCUUCUCUGCUCAGGACUCCAUCAGCUGGACGACUGACAACUGAGGGUCAAUUGAAACUGCUCUUAUCCCAGCCAGGUUGUAAUUGGAACCUGCUUCUGGAAACCCUACUGCAUCGUGAUGGUAUUUUACUGAGAAUCUUGCUGAAGGGCUCAAAAUGCAUCUUUCAAGAACAAGGUUCUGAUACAGAAAAUAAUCUGAACCAAAUAUCCAGCUUGACAGAAGCCAUCUUUAAAGUAUUAUACUACUGCAAUUUUUCUCCACAAACCUUCGGAAACGUUUUUGUGAGCUACAUGGAAGAAGAACAAUUAUGGAACUUUUUAUAUAACAUUCCAGUGUCAACAUGCAUGGAGUCUGAGCAAGAUGUCAUCCAGUGCUUGAGAUUGGCACUGACCAAUGCUGUGAAGGACAUUGUACAGCAGGUAGUAUCCGUGAUGAACUCUGGGAGAAACUGUGAGACAAACCUAAACAAGCACAGUGUUCCUGAACAUUUGCGUGACAGCAUUCCUAAAGAAUGGAAUUAUAUUCCGAAAGAAACCAAAAAGAAAGAAUCCAGCAAAGGCUUCACAAGGCUUGCUGCUCAGGCAGUAUCUAUUGUAAUCAGCAAGUUACCUACGGUGAUUGCAUGUUUGCCUCCCCCAAUUAAAUACUUCUUUUUUCUGUCUGAGAGAAAAAUGUCAAAAAACUUUGUUGACUUGAGGAAAGCUAGCCUGCUUGUCUGGAACUUGAUUGUAAUUAUACGUCGGAUAUUUGAGGAUGGCAACACUGUGGAACUUUUAACAGGUGCCUCCCUUGACAGAUGGAGUAAAGAGAAACUCAGUUUAAUCUCUGUGUGUUUGGAAAGCAUCAUGGGAGAGCAGACAAGUAGCCCUAAUCAAAUGACCCAAAAGGUCAUACAGAGCAUUGAGCAGCAAAAACCCAACUGGAUUGAAUGCCAAUUGCUGAAAGCAAGGAAAUUGAGCACCGAAUGUGCAUUUAUGACAAUAGAGAAAAGCACAGCCUUAGAAGAAGGAGAUAUUGCUCUUGAACUGACUGAGCAGAAAAUAAACAUGAUGGUCCUGGAUAUCUGCCACAAACCAGGUGGCAGCGAGUACCUGAGGCAAAUUUAUCACAUCAUGCGGCUCAAUGAGGCAUAUUUAAAAGAACAGCUGUUUUCUAUGAAUGGUUCAGAGGAAAAGCCAUUACCCAUCAGACCUUUAAAAACAACCUUGAGGAGUGUGGAAGAUCAGCCUUCUGCCUUUAACCCUUUCCAUGUGUACAAGGUGUUUAGUGAAAACAUACUAGAUCAGUCAGCCAUUGCAAAAUGGAACUGGAAUUGGCCGAACUUGCUGCCAAAUUAUCUGGGACUGGAUAAGAUGACCUUCAGUGUGCUGCUCAAAAACAGGUGGGAGAUGAGGAAGGAUGAAAGACUGGAAGAGGAAGAAAAAACAAUGUUGGAACAUUUAAAACGAAUUUGCAACAUCCAGAAGUCUUCUGCCUCAGAUAACACAGAGGAAGAGUAAUCUGCCGAAAACAGCAACAGCUUUAUUUUAGGAAAUAAUCACAUAUAAUGGAGUAGGAAUUUUACUACAGUCAGGAUGAACCUCAGAUGUGCUGUGAAGCAUGAAACCAAUGACUGAGUAAUCUCUGAACUGAAAAUGAAUAGAGCACAUACAGCAUAAAGUGCUACCUAUUUUUUAUUUUAAAAAUAAUUUCAAAUGUUUUUCUUUCCUCAGUCUUUCUCUUUGUAUGAUAUAACUGCUGCCAUCUCGUGUUCCCUUUGAAUUAUUUUUCUUCUUUCAGUCUUGAAGUAUCUAUGACAACAGACAAAAUGUUUGGAUAUAUUUUCCCUAAGGAUUUUUAAAUACAACCUUUGGAUAUUAAGUUGAAUGGAGUGGCAUAGCCCCUGAAAGUCAUCUGAAAAAUUCAAUCUAAUUUUGUAGCUGUAACCCAUGUCCAGGUCUUAAUCGCCUUUAAAUUGUACUAGUCUCCUUUCCUAUAGCCUCUUCUUCAUCCAGUUUAUCUGAAUCAUAGCCGCAAAAAGCACCCUCCAGAAGUAUGACUUUACUCAUAUCUCUGCAUAUAGUGUUUUUUUUUUUUAAAUGUCAAUUUCAAACUUCCAGUAAUAUGCUUUCAGAUCCUAUACCCAGUGCUCCAUGUUCAGGCACUGCCUGCUAUCGUCUUGACUCAAGCCACACACCUGUCAUUUUUCCCAACCAGAAACAAUCUUUGUCACAAAAUUAUGUUCAAAACUCACUCCAGAAAUCUCUCUUCCACCGCUCAGUAUCCAUAGUUUGUUACUUCUCUUUUUUCUAUUACAUUGAUACACACACACACACACGAAAUGGAAUCUGUUCUAGUACCCUCUAUGUGAAAUAAAGUUGUAUUUACGAACUAUAUCCUCCUUAUCGGUGCUUUGAUAUUAGAUUAUAAAGCCUUUAAAGGUCUUACAAUAUAACAUGACGUCUCCCCUUACAACAAUAGUCUCCCAAAUACCUACUACAAAGUUAUUUAUCUACUUGACAGUUAAUAAACACAGUUGUUUGAAUGGCUGUCAUUGAAAGACAUUUAGACUGUUGAGCAACCUACAGGACAUCUUGGAGAAGCUUUAUGUCACGAACUAUUUUAGAUGAUUUGAUAUUGAAUAUCAUGGUUUCUGGUGUUCUGAGAUUGUCCAUGAUUCCAUAUUGUGUAAUUUUUGUAAAAUAUAUGUAGGCUGCAUGAUUUCCAAAGGAAAGUACUUUAGCAUUUUUCAAAGAGUAAAACUUGGAGUGCAGAAGAGGCCACCAUAGAAAAUCUCCUGCAUUAUUUCUUUAUAUAAAAAUACAUUAAUGGCCAUGUAGCCAUCUGCUUCCCAGAUAACACAUUUUCUUUUUAAAGAAUGUUCUUUAGUUGGCCAGUAUAAUCAUGAACCCAGCAUUUUAAGAUAUGGUUGAAAUAAUUCUAAAAAUUCAAUGUGGACCAUUAAAAAAAGUAUAAGAAACUUUGAUGAGAACUGGACUUUCUAUCUUAUCUUACCUAUAAACAGUUACUAUAACAAUCAACGUAAAGCAACAGUUGGUUUCAUUCCCUCACCUUAGUGAUGAUCUGUGUACUAAAUCUGCAUAACUAUGUUUUAUUAGAAUAGACACUAAAACAGAAAAUCAAAAUAAAAAUAAAUUGAUCCAAUAAACUAAAUGAAAUAAUCUUAUAAAGUUUUAGGAUUUGAUAUUUUUAUUCUCAUCUUCUAAUAUACCAGAUCAUCUUUUAACACUUUUUUUUUACUGAAUCUGUAUAUUUCUAUAGUAAUCCUGGGAAGUGAUUUAGUUCUUCUAGAAAAAAAUUUCUCUAUGGUUCCUUUUUAAAAGAAGUACAGUAAGGGGAGAAUGGGAUGAGUCAGGAGAGAAAAGUAGAAAAGAGAGGAGUUUGCAGUUGAAUUCUCUUCUGUACUUGCUCAGUGAAAUUACUGUAGCUUUAAGUGCAAUAAAAUUUAUAAGUGGGAAUGUAAAAUGACAAGUCAUUGAUUUAUCAGAUCAUUUUGGCUUUAUACUCAAUAUGUUUCUUAAAGUAUGAUUAAGAAGUGCUAUUUCAAAACAGUUUCCUGUCUCACAAUUAUUUUUCACUUGUAUAAAUUAACAAGAAUGAAUACUUCAUAAUUCCCCAUUUGCUUACUAUAAAAAUAUUAUCUUCCUAUAAAAUAUUAUCUUCCUCAGUGUUCUGUUUAAUUGUAUCUUUAUAUAAUCAUAAAGAGGUACCUAUUUUAUUAUUGGCUUAUCAGUUACUAUGUGGAAACAGUAUGAAUGAAUUCUUAAUAAAAUAUAGA